GUGCCGCGGGGUUCCGUGUCGUCAUAAGGCGGCGGCCAUUUUCGCGGGCGGAGGCGUCCCGGGCGGGGGCUCGGAGAGCGGGGACGAGAGGGCUUGAGGCGGCCGGGCGGCCUCGGCCACCCGGUAAUCGCAUCCUUUCCCGGUGUCUCGUCUGCAGAGGGAGCAGUAUGUCCGCGGAAGUCCCCGAGGCAGCCUCAGCGGAGGAACAGAAGCACUACAGAUACCCUGGGGCCAUAGUAGAUGCUUGAGUGAAGGAUGAACCACCUAGAAGAAACUGCAGUGACCCAGCCCACCUCCUACAUGAAAGCGGAAAUGGAAGAUAAAGUGACUAGUCCAGAGAAAGCUGAAGAAGCAAAAUUGAGAGCAAGGUAUCCACAUCUGGGACAAAAGCCCGGAGGUUCCGAUUUCUUAAGGAAACGAUUGCAGAAAGGGCAAAAAUAUUUUGAUUCUGGGGAUUACAACAUGGCUAAAGCAAAAAUGAAGAACAAGCAACUUCCUACUGCAGCCCCGGAUAAGACAGAGGUCACUGGUGACCACAUUCCCACUCCACAGGACCUUCCUCAACGGAAACCAUCCCUUGUUGCUAGCAAGCUGGCUGGCUGAUUAAAAGAGCUGAACUGCAUGAAUCUUCUAAUUUCCAUUAUUUUUCCUUCAUAUGUUACUUCCCCGCUUUUUAUUUCCUUUCAUUCACUAAGUCAUUUGAGAGUGACAGCUUUGCAGGUAGCGGUAGUGUGUGCUGCUAUUGUAAGGGAAGAUACAUGUGUAGAGUUUUUGAUUAGUUUUACAGUGCACUGAUGAAAACAUGUUAGAGCAACAUAAAGUAAUUUACUUGAAAAUAAUUGUAUAUAUUACCUAACUCCUUAGUGUAGGACUGGUCCUAACAACUACCAAGCAAGUUUUACAAUUUUAAUGUUUUGGCUUUAAUUCAUCUUAAUUAUAGCUUUGUGUGUUACUCUUAUUUAAUAUAACCUCUACUAUAUUGAUUUCUUCUGUGUUUUCCUUUUGGAUUUUAUAAAACAGAAGUUUAAGACCACAAGUUGGAAGAAAGGUCACAUAUUUCAAACACAAAUAGAUCGGGCUCCAAAAGAUUUGUAUUUCUGUGCUUGAACUUGAAUGGCCUUAAACCUGUUUCAGCUUUAACAAUAGAAGUUUACUUGGGCAAUAUUUGCCCGUUCUGGUGUAACUUAUGUGACCCUAUUGCUUAACAGCUGCCCUUGACGCUAACAUUCUUACACAGUUCUAUAGUUAGAAUACCUUUUGUUGUUAAUGAUGUGAAUGAAGUAUGCAUGUGCAUCGACUGUUGAAUUCACUUUUGUGCCAUUUUUGUAAAUACAAUAGUUUUGCACAACCUCUCACAAAUGUCUGUAUUAAUUUCACAUAUUAAAAAGUAGAUGAUGUGCCAACCAGAAGCACAAACAUUCAUACACAGAACUGUAUGUCAUUAGAGCUUUUGUAUAGUAAGAGUAGUUUACAGUCUUGGGCGUAUAGAAUACCAAACUGAAAUCUUUGCUCAGUCUGCCAUAGACUUAAGCUUUUUCAUUUGUUACUAAUAUCCAUGACAUUCAGUGGCCUUGUGCAAAUAUGAUAUGUUGCUUAGGCAUAUCUUUUGUCCUAUGCAGAACGUUUCAUUUUGACUUUUAUGAAAAUUGCAAUUCAUGUAAUUUAUAUAAACUUUUUAAAUGUAGAAACUUUUUACUUCCACAGUCAGUUUUGGGGACACUAGAAUAAAAGGCUUCAAUAUUCAAUACUCUGCCUCCUGUGGCCCCUCCCUCCUUAUUUUCUUGCUGCUUUGACUCAAAUCACGUUGGGCUGUGCUGUUCAGUCUAUUCAGAAGCAUUGGUGUCUGUGUCCUUACUCUUGAAAUUUGCUGUGCUGAGUGCUGUAUUUUAUAACAUACUAAGGAUGUUUUCCUUAUAAUUUCUCAGUUAUUAACCAUUCGUAAUCUUGUAUUACUAAUAUUUUACAAUUAUUUAAAUAAAAUGAACUUUAUAAUGAAACAAAUACUUGAGAAGACUGGCCCAAGAACCAUGUCAGGAUGAGCUAAAUUCUGGUAAAUAAUUUUAAGUAAUUAUGAUGAGCUAAGUGAAUUAGGCUUGUGACAAUUAGAAUAAUUUACGUAAGUGGAACAUUCAUAUUAAAAUAUUUAGAUAUUUUGCUUCUAUAGAUGUCAUGUGAAUAAAAUAGCAAUUUAAUUUUACUUGUUUUUUAAUCUAGUUAGUAAGAACUUGAACAUGCUUUAUUGGGACAAAUUUACCGCUCUCUUAGGAGCUCUUCCCAUAAGAUGUUGUGAUGCUGUAGCAUGAUAAUGAGGAUCAAUAAUCUGAGAUGAUAUUGUUUUUCUCUUCAUCUUUGACUUGCACAGGGCCUCCCUUCUUUUGGAUCCAAGCAUCUUUUCUGGAUCUUGGCUCUAUUUGUAUACCUGCUUUCCUAUGACCCAAAUCAUCAUAGAUGGUGCCUUGAACAUAGCACCUGCACUUAAAGAUUGCCUAAUGCUCUGAGGAAAGCUUGCUGAUUAUCUUUCUGUUCCACCUGCCCCAAAAAGCAGAAAAGCAACAAUAUCAGUAAUGUGCUAAUUUGUAAUGUUAAGAAUCAGUUAUGUAGAUAUAGUUGUGAUAGGAGCAAGUAGGUUAUUCCACAAUAUGUAUAAUCAUUGCAGGAUUGAUUUAAGAAUUACAAAAUACCCCAAAGUAGAAUUUUCUGUAAUAUCUAGUCUUUUAUAAUGAAUAUUUGCAAGCGAUCACCAUUAAAUCUACACAUCAGAGAAGAUGAAUCUGAAAGAGAAAUCAUGUUAUUCUUGACCACGAUAGGACUCCUGCUGUGGUUUGCAUCAAGUGAUGUAACCUCAGCCUGAGUUUUAGUUUGUGAAAUACAAUGCUAAUAUUUAACCUACCUCAAAACUUGUUGAGGAUCUGUGAAAUACUGAGUAAGUGCCCAAAAUAGAAUAUUGUUGAUUGUCUUUUUAUUAAAGGUAAAUUUCCUCAUUAAACCAAUCUGCCUUCUAUAAAGUUACAGUGCUUAAAAUCUCAGGAUUUUUCCAUUAGGAAAGACCUGUCAUUAAGGAUUUGUAGGUGUAAUUGCUUAGCCUCCAUUAUUGGUGCUUGGGUUAGAGAGGCUUUAAAUUUUUAUAUUUUUUGUUCUGCCUCAAAGCUCAGCUUAUCGAAGUCACAUUUGCAGGCUGUUUGACCAUUGCUGAAAUGAUUUUGGCUAGGUGGCUCAAUCGUAAUCGUCCAUUUUUAUGAUUUCAGAGUUGUGAUUUUGAGAAAUGACUAAUUUUAAUCAUUGUCCUGUUUGUUAUAAAUGAAAGCUGAAGUAAACCGAAGUUGGAGAUAAAUACUUCAUGAAAAUUGGCUAACAUCUGAAAUAACCUGUUUCAUGUCUAGUAGCUCCUACUCGAUAGUACAGUUUAAAGAAACAUUUUUGAAAACUACAGCUGACUAAAAUAGUUAUAGUUCUUGGCAUGUUGGGAAAGUAAGGAUUCUUAGAUUGUUUUGAUACACUGGAAGGAGCAUGUUUGCAGUCUAUUUACAAAUUAUUCAAUCCUCUUGUGCUGCUGACUUAAAAAUAGGUCUUAACUAUUCAUCAAGGCAGGCCUAGUAAGGCUUCCACUUGUUACUACAACAGUUGGAAUUAAUUGCUGUUUUACUUGAUGUAAUAGGAUUAUACCUCUAAAUAUUUAUUGAUACUUUUUACUAAAUCAGACAUGUAUUCUUUCUCAAUCCAAAUUAGUUUUAUCAGAGCUGAAAUGUAAUCUCCACUUAAAUUGUGGUCUAAACUUGGUGUUUGGUGAUCCAGGGGCAGGUAGCCUGUAGAAAGAGCACAUCUGAGUGGCAACUAAAGCAGUUUUUCUGGUGGCCUUUUCACAUUCCCCAACAUUCAAACACAUUUUCACUCCUAAUUUUCCUUAUUCAUUACGCUAAUUCCAAAACCAGACAUACACACUACAAAAAAAAAAAAUUAUUCCCCCAUCCUGGCUUUUUUAAGCCCCUGAUGGCAUUCAUUAAAUAGUGUGUAGGACUGAUGAAUUAUCUAUCAAUAUUCUUCCCAAUAUGUUACAAUUUAAGGACACAUUUUUCAUUCUCUAAAACACUAUCCUAAUCUGGAUAAUGACUAAUUUGAGCCACUGUCCCAACUCUGCAACUCAGCAUACACUGCCAGUCUUCCCCCACCACACCUUGUAAAAUCGAGAUAAAAAAAAUUGCUUUCUGGGAUUGUUAAUCUAAGAAUAAAAACACUGAUUUUAAUAUCGUUUUGCGUGUUUCAGCCUUUUUAAUUGUGUAGGCCUGUGGGUUUUAUUCUGGAGAUCACUGGUGGUCAUGACAGCCAUUAAUGUGUGUUUGUAUUAUGUUGUUUAUCAACUAAAUAGCAUUUGAAAGAAAACAUCUAAUUUCUUUAAUAUGCCCUCAAAUCUGUUACCACAUAUCAUUUGUGAUGCAGUAGGACACUUCGCCUGUAUUAAAAGGGCCAAGAGUAAAUGCCUUUUUUGUUGAACAUGUCUAUAUAGAGUUGGCAGUUAAUGCUGAAAUUUGUCAAAUAGCCCUUCCAGAAUUAUACUUGUGAAAUACACAGAAAAAUAAAUUGAUCUACUUACUUAA